UUUCUUUUGGGAAAGCAUUUCCAUCUUAUCACGGACCAAGAAGCAUUAUCAUUUAUCUUUAAUAAGAAGCAAGCCAGCAAGAUUAAAAAUGAAAAGAUUACUCGUUGGCGUCUGGAACUGGCACCCUUUUCUUACGACAUUACUUAUCGGCCAGGGGCAGAGAAUGUUAAGGCUGAUGCUCUCUCUAGGAUUUGCAACGCUGUCAGCGUUACGGAACUCUAUGAACUGCACAAGUCGUUGUGCCACCCUGGAAUUACUAGAAUGUACCAUUGGUUAAGAAGCAAAAACCUUCCUUAUUCUCUGGAGGAUGUCCGAAGACUGAAUUGCUCGAUAUGUGCAGAAGUCAAACCAAGAUUUAUGAGAACCAAAGGGACCCUAAUAAAAGCUACCUCUCCGUUUGAGAGACUCAACAUGGACUUCAAAGGACCUUUGCCAUCAAAAUCAAAAAAUAGGUAUUUACUUACUAUUAUUGAUGAGUACUCACGCUUUCCAUUUGCUUACCCCUGCAGGGAUAUAUCAUCGGACACAGUGGUGGAGUGCCUGAAGAACCUUUUUUGUACCUUCGGGGUACCAGCGUAUAUACAUACUGACCGUGGGACUUCCUUUAUGUCACAGGAGGUGAAAGCAUUUCUGUGUUCCAAUGGAGUAGCUACAAGUCGAACAACCCCUUAUAAUCCUCAGGGGAAUGGGCAGGUUGAGCGUUUAAAUGGGACGCUAUGGAGAACAAUCACCCUGGCUCUUAAAACUCGGGGUCUUCCUGUGCAGGACUGGGAGGAGGUUCUGCAGGAGUCAUUGCAUGCCAUUCGCUCACUAUUGUGUACCGCCAUUAACACUACCCCUCAUGAACGCCUUUUCUCGCACCCUAGGCGGACAGCUAAUGGUGAAGCCCUUCCAUCAUGGCUAGCACCAGGCCCUGUGCUGGCCAAGUGUAACAGAAAAGGGAAGUACGACAAGGAGGUUGAGGAGGUGGAACUGAUUGAAGCGAAUCCUCAGUAUGCCCUGAUUAGGUGGCCCAAUGGAGUGGAAUCAACGGUCUCUUUAAGGCAACUGGCUCCUGCGGGGAAUACCUCUCAUGUAGAGUCUCCGGAAGUGGUGACACCGGUGGUGGCCGAUGGGAGGGACACUUCACACCUGGCGGUUGAAUCACAAGGACUUGUGGAUGGAUCUGGAUCUGACGGUGCACUGUUGGAAUUUGCUCCCCCAGUAGGGGUGGAGGAGGGCAGCCCUUCAGUAAAAGAACCCAGGCAAUCUCAACGCAUCAGAAACCGCCCUGCUUAUUUGAAGGACUAUGUAAAUUGAUUCGUAUAGUUCAUGUUCAUAUAAGGUACUUCUUUUAAACUCCAGAGGGAAAAUGUGGUGAUUUAAAUAGCCCGCUUUUUCUAAUACCGAUAACCUCCUAAAGGACAUAAGCAAUUGUUUAUACAAAAGAGUAUUAUGUAAAGUUAAUCGUGUAACUGUAUCAUGUUUUCAAAGUUAAUAAAAGCCUACUUCAGGUUUA